AUGACCAUGAAGAGACUCAGAGAGGACGAUCAUGGUGAGGUUGAAACCCUAGCAAUGGCUAAUUGCUUGAUGCUUCUCUCUGGUCUGGGCAAGACCGUAACACCUUCCGGUCGUCUUUUCGAGUGCAAGACAUGUAAAAGGCCAUUCUCAUCGUUCCAAGCUCUCGGUGGCCACCGGGCGAGUCACAAGAGACCAAAGCUAAUGUCGGUGGAUCUUGUUCAUCAAUCUGAUCACGAUCAUGAUCACAAACCGUGGAAGCCUAAAACACACGAAUGCUAUAUCUGUGGCCUGGAGUUCACAGUAGGGCAAGCACUGGGUGGCCACAUGAGGCGGCACCGUGCGGUCAUCACUGAAGGGUCGGUGAGAAAACAAUCGGCACCGCCAGUGCCGGCGAUUCUGCAGAGGUCGAAUAGCAAGAGAGUUUUGUGCUUGGAUUUGAAGUUGGGGAGAUAG